CGAAGGACGGGCGGGGAAGAGAUAUGGGUUUUGCAGUUGGCAGCACUCCGGGUCAAAGUUAACCGGAGACGCCGCUUAGUGUGGGAAUUGGGUUUCCUCUUUUCUUCCUUCUUCUUCUUUCUCAAGUGGGUAGCGAUUUGCGAGCUUCCGCUUCGUUUCUGGUGGAGCUUCAGGGUGCUUCGCCGUUCCUCCCUCUCCCUUGUGCACCCACUUUCCUCCUAUCUUCCUCUCUUAUUUUUUUCCUGUGCUUGAUCCGAGAAGAAAGAGAAUUUAAGGACUGUCCUAAUUGUUUUACAUCUCUCUCCCUUUUUUCCUUCGUCUUACUGUCCUUCCGUAUUUCUUCUUCUGAGGAUUGUGUGAUUGAAGGGUGUGAGCCAGGAUCCUGCUUCUUCUCGUUGGUGCAUCUGCAAUGGCGCAUGUACCCAAAUUUGGCAACUGGGAGAGUGAGGAAAGUGUACCUUACACUGCCUAUUUUGAAAAAGCUCGGAAGGACAAAACUGCAGGAGGGAAAACGCUGAAUCCAAAUGACCCUCUCGAAAAUCCUGAUGUACAUAUGGUAACUCCUCCAGCCACACAUGCUUCUAGGCAUGAGCGAGCCCGAAGUGUGGGAGAAAGUGAGGUUGGAGGACAAACCGACUCUCCUGCACACCCCGAUGCUGGUGGCAGGAAGAUUACAGGAUCACCUCUUCAUCCUAGGUACACGGGCCAGGGAAGACCUAAUUCUGGUGAUUCGGCAAAGAAAACACAAAAGGAAAAUGGAGGCUCCGAACGGACUGUCGAGCAUUCACCAUUACAUCCACAUUACCAAGCAAGGGUGACCAACAAGGGUGUUUCAUCGCCUUCAUGGGAGAGGAGGGGUUCUUCUGACGGUGGGCAUGGCUUGGCACCUUUAACACCAGGACGCUCAAAGGCUAGAUCCUCUACUCGAAACGAUGACAAUUUCGAUAAAGGUGCAGCUGUUCCAAAAUUUGGCGAUUGGGACGAGGCAAACCCAUCAUCGGCUGACGGAUACACUCAUAUCUUUAACCAAGUGAGGGCGGAAAAGCAGGUAGGAUCGGCGAAGGUUCCCAUGAUCUCAACAGAGACACCAGCUGCAUAUGGCCAUAAGGAGCCAGCUAGCGGUAGAUCUUCGAUUUGGUGCUGCUUUGGUAAAUGAUGCAGUUGUAGCUGAGAUGUGAUGUGACUGUAAAUAAGUUCGAAUGGAUGUUUGUACGAAAGACUGCUGGGCAAUGCAUUCUUUCUCUACUUUGUGUGUUUGUUAAAAUAACGUUAUUGGAGGUUUAGGAGAGAGAACAUCUUUGGCAUAUUUGUGUACUUUUCAGGCUUUCAGGGGGCACUUCUUGUCCCCAGAUCAAGAUGAUGAACCUUUUAGCAGUUGAUCUACUAUAUAAUUUUUUUCUUUGUUUUA